CCCGCAUGAAAAUGAGGCUGUCAGCUGGUCAAUGUCUCAGUCCAAACGCGUCUUAUCAAAGAAACACUCAGCAUCGAAUCAUAUCAUUAUGGGCACUGUUUGUUUUUCAUGGCACUUUUGUUUGUUUUUCAUCCUCUUAAAUACUUGUCGCUCCUUGGGAACUGGGGCGCUUGUCGAUGUCGAUGAAUGUGCGGUAGGAACAGACGACUGUCACAUCGAUGCAAUCUGUCAAAAUACACCUAAAUCCUACAAAUGCAUCUGCAAACCGGGCUAUAAAGGAGACGGGAAGCAAUGUGAAGAUAUUGAUGAAUGUGACAAUGACUACAAUGGUGGCUGUGUUCACGAGUGUAUCAACAUUCCAGGCAACUACAGAUGUACUUGUUACGAUGGCUUUAUGUUGGCGCAUGAUGGCCAUAAUUGCCUGGAAACCUGCUUGACCACAGAUACUGAAAAUAUGGCUUCAGGAUUCUCAUUCAUGUUGCUGAACAUGUGCAUUACAUAAUUGCAAAACUUUAUCAGCUGAAGAGUACUCUUGUUCGCUUUUGGUGUAGCUGUCGAGCCCUA